AUAAACAUUGUUUUUUCGUCAGCCGACGAAGGUGGUACGAUUGACACUUGUGCCUAUUGAUUUUGCUUUCUGCAGAAUUAAUUUUUAGAGAGUUUCCUCUACUCCCGUGUGUGUGCCCCCCAAUUGCUAGCACUAGAGUGUUUCCUUUACUUCCAAACUCCAUCGACUCCGUGCAACCAGCCGUGUGGCAGUGCGUUGCUACCGCGCUAGUGGCGUACGUUCCGAGCAGAAGGCGUGUAACGCGGCAUGAAUCAGUGGUGUGAAUGAUGAAACGAUGAGCCUGUAAAUAGUGGUGUGACUCCCGGUAGUGUUAAUCUUCCUUCUGCCGUUCCUAGUGCUAGAGCUCCGUUUCUAGUCUCGAAUGGUGGUUUAGCAUAGUGUGUAUGUGUGUGUAGAGCGCUUAGUAGCCGUACCGUAGCCGUGCAUAGCAGUAGCGCACCCGCUGCCGGGUGUGUAUUGAAAAGAAAGGCGUAUACCACAGUGUGCACACAGUGACGACAAAGUUGGUGUCCCGCAGCACACAUCGACCGCGUUUUUGUCUCUUUCCGCGGGUGCGCUUUCAACCCCGGACACCGCAGUUACCAUACCAGCAGCAGCACCAGCACCAGCAUGGAGAUUGUGCGUGCCGUAUCGGACACGUUCUGGUCGACGCGAGUGUGGCUGCCGCCGAACAUCACCUGGGAAGACAUACGGCCGGGUGUGCGAGCGGACGUGAACCAUGCCGACUACCGGCACCUGAUCUACCCGAUACCGCUGGCCGCGGUCAUUAUCGUGCUGCGCUGGAUUAUUGAACGAUAUUGGAUUGCACCGGUCGGUAAGGCGCUCGGUAUCAAGAGCACAGGACCAAAGCCACCGAAACCAAACAAAGUACUGGAGGCGGCAUACAAUGUCAACGCCCGGCUAAGCCACAAAACGACUAUGCGAUUGAUGAAGCAGGUGGAUUUGAGCGAGCGACAGAUCGAGUACUGGUGGAGACGCCGCCGGGCCCAGGACAAACCGACGACGCUGGUCAAGUUUUGCGAAACGUCGUGGCGAUGUAUCUACUACACGUACAGCUUCAUCUUCGGCAGCAUCGUGAUGUGGGACAAGCCGUGGCUGUGGGACAUCAAGCAGUGCUGGUACGGCUACCCGCACCAAUCGGUCACGAACGACAUCUGGUGGUACUACAUGAUCUCGAUGGCGUUCUACUGGUCGCUGACCGCGUCCCAGUUCUACGACGUCAAGCGGAAAGAUUUCUGGCAGAUGUUUGCCCACCACAUGAUCACGAUCCUGCUGAUGGCGCUCAGCUGGGUGUGCAAUCUGCACCGGGUCGGCUCGCUCGUGCUGCUGGUACACGAUUGUGCCGACAUCUUCCUGGAGUCCGCUAAGCUGACGAAGUACGCACAGUAUCAGAAGGUGUGCGACACCAUCUUUGCCAUCUUCACCGUCGUGUGGAUCGUGACGCGGCUGAUGCUGUACCCGCGCAUCAUCUACAGCUCGUCGGUGGAGGCGCCCCAGAUACUGCCCAUGUUCCCGGCGUACUACAUCUUCAACACGCUGCUAAUACUGCUGCUCGUGCUGCACAUAUGCUGGACGUAUUUGAUCGUGCAGAUUGCAGUCAAGGCGAUCAAAUCGGGACAGAUGGAGGGCGAUGUGCGGUCCAGCUCGAGCGAGGAAAUCUCCGACAGCUCGGAAAACUCGCGCCCGGUGCUAACGAACGGUGGUACGCCGAAGAAGCAGCCGAGCAAGAACGGAACGACGGCGGCAGCGAACAGCGUCAGUGCUUCCCCGAAGAAGAAACAAUAAAACAACAAAACCCGUGUGUAGCACCGACGCAACGACGACCGGCCUUUGGUGUGGGUCGGGGCUUUGGCCACUCAAGGCCGCCACCUAUAGAAGUGCAUGCAUCACGGCAGGGGUGCCACCAGCAGAGGCGGUGGGGUGGCACGCGUAUAUCAUCACGUAGCUGGCGAAUGCGUCCCACGCGUAACGCAUUACCUAAACACACACACACACAGAAAACACACGAAAAAAAGAACAAAACGCAUUACACGCAUGUUACUAUUGGGUGUUGUAUCAUGCUGAGAGUAAAAGAAAAACAAAACCGCAUCAUGUUACACUACCGCUGCAUUAUAUAGUAUAGUCGAUCGUGGACGUAUGCGUUUGCACGUGCUGCGAAGAACCUAGAACCCUGGGAGAACUAGCUGCAUACGAUGCAGCCAGGGUGCAACGUUACUAUACCUAAAUCCCCAGUUUCUCUUACCCGUUUAGUUAAAUAGUGCAGAGGAAAACGGACGAUUGAUGAUAGAUUUAACCAGCAAAGAGUAGGGAAGGCUUCGUAAAGGAUCGGACCGGACGAACGGAUGUACCAGCUCCGCACCAGGGGUAUACAUUGUUUUCUUUAUUUCCUUUUUCUUCCUCCCUCUAGGGUACAUUUAAACGAGAUAGGAUUAUGGAGAAGCAGCUCCUUCCCCUGUUUUGCUGUAAGAAGAAAUUGUGCUGCAGGAUUAUUUGUGAACAAAGAAGAAAAGCAUUAGAAAAAGAAAGCAAAACGGUGGAAGUGUAAUUGAAACUGAAAUCAAACACACAGCGCAGAAGCUAGAGAUAAGUAUUUAUUAGCUAAGUAAAUCGUUAGUAGAAGCGGCGAGCGGCAGCUCGCAGCUGCAAAAUGGGGUGGAAAACCAGUGGUUGAAUUUGCAACAAAAGCGACACAAAUAUCGUGAGUGUGUUGAUUGAUCGUGUUUAGCUGAAGGGAAAGCGAAUGAUAGGGAGAAAAAACAGUACACAAAGUAGUACAUACGUAAACACAGCAAAUCAUCCAACACAACCAAAUGUUGUUAGGGCUGGCGCGUAAGCGUUUGUGUUGCAACAAACGAGCUCUAACAAAAAGAAGAGAGAAAAAAAACGGGACAAAAACAGUAAUAAAUAUAGUUUGAAAGUGACAAUGAAAAGCAAAAAACGCGAAGAGUUGUGGAGUAAAAAAAAUAGUCCCAAAACGGUCAUUGCAGAUUGCAGAUCGCGUUGCUUACGGCAAUUUUGCUCUGCGUGGAAACACUUGGCCUGGCCUAGACACGGCGAACACACACACACACACAUUCCGCAUUAGCAGCUGCCCUAUUUUGCCUUCUCUCUCGUGUGUUGCAUUUUGGUUUGCUGUUUAAGGGUGUUUUUUUUUUUUUGGUUAUAAAAGAUAAAGGAUAAAACGUGGCAUUAGUGACGAAGCGCAGUCGACAUGUUGAAAGAUUUAGCUAGACAUUUCGUAGAUCGUUUAAGCGAGCGUGUACCAAAUACUCGACGAUUUAAAUGGUGCUCUGGUAUGAUGAUGAUGAUGUGCUUGCUUUUGUGGCAUCUUCGUUUUGUACUAAAAGAUGUAAUUCAUCAGCUGUGCGUCCCGUUUCUAUCCUCAUUAACCAGCAAACAUGCUGGGACUUCUGCUCUUGAUCGCGUGAAUGACCAGCCAUAUCAGUUAAUGGUAUGUUGUCUCGUUGUCUCGGGUGGCGGGCGUCCUAUAGUGCGCCGACCUGCGCUGUUUUCAUUCACUCUACCAAAGUUUAUGUUUACUGUACUCUGGAAUAUGAUGAUCGUUAGGAUGGUCGCGCCGGUAACUCACGCGCGGGCGGAUGGAAAUCGAGAAGAAGGGCAUCGUUGUAUCGUGUUUGAUCGAUCGAUCGCAUAGUGUGUGAAUGUGUGCGUGAAAAGACAGUGCCCCCUCAAAAAAAAAAAAAAACAAUAUAAAUAUCCUUCAUAAGACUGCAUAGCAGAAUAGAGAGGAAGAACUCCUGUGCAAGGAGGAAAAGGCACCGCGACGCGAUGCUGGUUGCAGUGGGUGAUAGGUGUGAGGCGUGAGGCAAAUGGGAAUGAAACAGACGAACAACGCGGGGAAAAAGAGCUAGCUAUAUGUAGGUAAAAAUAGUAAAAAGUGUUUUACAAAUUACAAGAUAUUCACGAUGAGUCGACGAAAGUCUUCGUCAUUUUUGAAAUCUUCGCUUGAGUGUCCUUACUGAAAAACAAACCCCUAUAACGAACAACCUUUUUAUCCUGUUAUUUUUUCUUCCUCUUUAUCAUCAUAUACCAGCUAAUAACUGCAUUCGUACUCCAAAUGGGGGAAAUGUUCAGCCCUUCACACUCCAUUACCAUCACCUUUUUCGAUCGGGGUUUUCUUCGCUGUUGUUGCUCGAGAGCAUGUAAUCGAAGCAACCCGCGGCGCUCUCCAUACCAGCUAGUUUUAGAUAAAUGUUCAUCAUUAACGCAUUAUUAACAGCAAAAACAAACGUGUAUAUGCUUAGGAAAAAGUCCUCUUCUGCAAAAGUGUCGCUAGAAAAGGGAUAGGACACGUACGUGUGGUUGACGAGAAGGGGUAGAAAGGGAAGCCGGUUACCGUUUUGGGUGUGAGUGCGUGUGUGUGAGAGAGAGGAAGGUGGAAAAGAAUGCAAAUGGUGUUAGAAGAAAUCACAUCACGUCGCGAGAAAAUCAGUAAAUCAGUUAAAACAAAAUAAAACAGAAUCCGUUUCACGGGAACAAGUAAAUGA